CUGCAAUGUGCGACCGCGUAGGACUGCAAGCAAUGUGAGUUCCGACCUGCAAUAUUAUAAGCGACCAUCCCAUAACCCACGCACCGCCCGAUUACGAAUACAGUGCCACUUUGCGUGCGUCUGUGUUGCAUAGUCUGGUACCUGCUGUCCGAUUUGUCCGUCAUGCGAUCAACAAAGUCAGUCAAAUUUUAAUGUUUUUGAGUUCCAGGAAUAAUAUUUUGCACAGUUCCGGCAGAUCAGGCAGAUCAGGCAGUUCCGGCUUUUACCAAUUGCCCAUAGUCAGAAAGCUGAAUAACGCUGCAAAUUUAGCCAGAUUUGUUUGCCUAGCUUUGGUCAUUUUAGUCUUUCUGAAGUCCGAUCGGCCUGAAGUCUGUCAUCAUUAUUGGGUUUCACUUGCUGGUAAUUAGUAACUGGCAGUGUUCAGCUUUUUAGGAGACAUUUUGAUGAGCUGAUCAGUCACAUUAUGUCGAGACUUCGAGGAGGUGGACCAGCAUCAGGGAGGGGAAGGGUACCCCUGAAUCCCAGAGCAGGAUUUCAAAAACCUGCUGCUAAAGAUGUCAGUGGAGGGGUGUCAUCAGCAUUGCUGAAGCAGGCAAUGCGUAGUGGACAGCUGAAUCUAUCAAAUCGCGAACUCACAACAGUCCCAGACUCUGUUUGGCGCAUCAACAUUGACGUACCUGAAGAAGCCAAGUCGGUGUCGAUGGACAAGACAGAAGAUGGCUGGUGGGAACAAACUGACUUGGUGAAACUCAUCCUCGCUUGUAACAAACUCCAAGAGAUCUCGAAUGAUAUUCAACAACUGCCUGCACUUACUGUCCUGGAUGUCCACGACAACGCGUUGACUUCUCUACCACCAGCGAUUGGAGAGUUACUGAAUCUACAGAGACUCAAUGUCAGUCACAACAAAUUGACAAGUCUACCUACUGAGAUAUUUAAACUGCGACAUUUACUGACCCUACAUGCAGAGUUCAACGAUCUGACGGCAGUUGACGAAGGCAUAGGAGAAUAUAUUCACCUCGAAGAUCUGAAUCUGUCGCACAACAAGCUCACAACACUGCCGUACACGAUAGGUCAGCUCGGGAAACUCAAAACCAUGAAUAUAUCAGAGAACCAGAUCACGCUACUCCCAUCAACUAUGGGCCUUCUAAAAGCUGUUAGAAUCUUGGAGGCAUCCAACAACAAACUGCCUGAAAUUCCAACAGAAGUUGGCGACAUGAAGUCCCUGGAGCAGCUUUAUCUCCAACACAACGUCCUGACUGCUCUACCUCUACUGAGGGCUUGCAUCUCUCUCAAGGAGCUUCACGCUGGAAACAAUCGCAUUGUUGUCUUGUCCCCAGACCAUCUGGAGCACCUGACUACAGUCAAUGUAAUGUCUAUGAGAGACAACAAAUUGAAUGAGAUACCAGACGAGAUUAUAAAUGUCCGUAGCUUGCAGAGACUGGACCUUACAAACAACAACAUAUCAAGUUUGCCAAAUAAGUUGGGUACCCUGACUUCUUUGAAAUCGCUGGUGUUGGAGGGAAACCCAAUGCGUGGCAUACGCAGGGAUAUUGUUAGUCGAGGUACCCAAGGUAUCCUGAAGUACCUUCGUAGUCGCAUCGAGGAAGAGCCAUCAACCAAAGAUGCCACAGACGGCCCAUCAGCCUCGGACCCAUCAAGUGCAAUGGGUGUAGUUGCAGCUGUGGCUAGUAAAACCUUAGACUACAGUAAUAAGAAAGCAACUGAGGUACCAGUUACACUGUGGGAGCCAGCCAGGGAGGCUGAUGUCGCUGUCGUCAAUCUUAGCAAGAAUGCCUUCACUCAAGUACCUCCAAAUUUGAUACUCCUUUCAAAGACUGUGACUGAACUGAAUCUUGGCUUCAACAAACUAUCAACGCUCUCUGUCGAGUUACAGAUGAUGGUCAACCUGGUACAUCUGGAUCUCAGGAACAACGCAAUAAGUAAUCUUCCAUCAGAAUGGACUACAUUCAGCAAGUUACGGGAGAUUAAUCUUUCUUACAACCGGCUGAAAGAAGUGCCAGCUGUAGUCUUCACUUGGACUCAGCUAGAGAAUUUGAUCCUGGGCGACAACCAGAUUGGCAUUAUUGACGUCCCAAGCUUGAAGAAACUACCAAAGAUCGCUAGUCUGGAUCUACAGAAUAAUGACAUUAUGCAGGUACCACCAGAACUUGGUAACUUGGAAACACUGCGGUCUCUACAGCUUGGGGGCAACCCAUUCAGGACUCCUAGGCCAGCCGUCCUUGCUAAGAGUACAGCAGCUCUCUUGGCCUACCUCAAAGAUCGGAUUCCUACUUAGGUUAAUUAAACAAUAGGUGAUCAAAUCCAUCAAUAAUCUGAUCUGAAGAAUAAUCCUAACUCUUUCUUGCUACUAGUCUGCAUUAUAACACACCUCUUGGGUGUUCUGUAUUCUGGUUGGCUGAAACACGGUAACGUGGGAUGAACUAUU